CUCCAAGAGAGGGCUGCCUGGGGGGCUGAGCAGUGGGUGUCAGAAGGGCAGGUCUGUGUGUCCUAAUCAGUAAGAAAAGGCCUGAGCGAGCGCUGGAGGGGAGACCUGCAGACAAGAGACGUCUGAAGUUUAAGAGAAAAACUGUGGCUGCUGGUCUGUGGAACAAAAAGGUCUUUCUUAUACUGUGUCCCUUAGAAGUUGCAUCUGUUGGCAGAAUGGUCGUCAGGUUGGCGCUGCGGGGCUAGGCGAACCACUGAGAGGGGUGUGCUGGACAGUCCACGUGGAUCGCAGUGCUGGUGCUGACCGAGAUUCUCCUUUCCUCAUAUCUCUGCCGGUGCCAGAGGGACCACACUGUACAUUUGGUUUUCUAUAUCAGCUCUGCAUUUUUUGGUCCAGAUCAAAUACCACAAUGAGGGAGGCACCAAAGAAUGACAGCAACGCUUACGAGUUUGUGGAUUACUACGGGUCAAUGGAGAGCAAUUACUCCUUUGAUGAGGACGCCUUGCUGUGCUCCCUGCAGGAGGUCAGGGAGUUCUCCAGGCUCUUCGUGCCGGCUGCUUACUCCUUGAUCUGUGUCCUCGGGCUGGUGGGCAAUGUCCUGGUGGUGACCACCUUUGCUUUCUAUAAGAAGGCCAGGUCUAUGACAGACGUCUACCUCUUGAACAUGGCCAUUGCAGACAUCCUCUUUGUCUUCACUCUCCCCUUCUGGGUGGUGAGUCAUUCUGCCGGGUCCUGGAUUUUCAGCAAUGAGAUGUGCAAGCUGAUGAAAGGUAUCUAUGCUGUCAACUUCAACUGCGGUAUGCUGCUGCUGGCCUGCGUCAGCCUGGACCGGUACAUUGCUAUCGUGCAGGCCACCAAGGCCUUCCGGCUCCGAUCCCGGACACUGCCGCACAGCAGAGCCAUCUGCCUCGUCGUGUGGCUGCUCUCAGUCCUCAUCUCCAGCUCCACUCUCGCCUUCAAUCAGAAGUACAGCCUGCAGGGCAGGGACGUCUGUGAGCCCAAGUACCACCCCCUCUCGGAUCCCAUCAAGUGGAAGCUGCUGGUGCUGGGACUGGAGCUGCUGUUUGGGUUCUUUAUCCCUUUGGUGUUCAUGAUAUUUUGUUACACCUUUAUCAUCAAAACCUUAGUGCAAGCUCAGAACUCUAAAAGGCACAAAGCCAUCCGUGUGAUCAUGGCCGUGGUCCUGGUGUUUCUGGCUUGUCAGAUUCCUCAUAACAUGGUGCUUCUCGUGACAGCAGCAAACAUGGGCCGGAUGAACCGGUCCUGCCCGGGGGAGAAGCUCCUUGGCUAUACCAAAAACAUCACCGAGGUCCUGGCUUUCCUGCACUGCUGCCUCAACCCUGUGCUCUACGCAUUCAUUGGCCAGAAGUUUAGGAGCUACUUUUUGAAGAUAAUGAAGGACCUGUGGUGUGUGAGGAGAAAGUACAAGUCUCAGGGCUUGUCCUGCUCCAGGAUGCACUCAGAAACCUUCCCCUCCCGGCAGACCAGUGAGACCGUGGACAAUGACAAUGCGUCUUCCUUCACCAUGUAGCAAGGUAGGUGUCCCGAAAGCCUUUGGAAGACAUACUAAUAGAUGUUACGAAAGAAAGGAAGGAAGGAAGAAGGAAAGAAAGAAAGAGAAAAAAGAAAGAAAAGGAAGGAAGGAAGAAGAAAGAAAUAAGAAAAAAUGGCCAUGGCCAAAUAUGCAUGGGAAAACUGGAAAUUAAACCCAGUUAAGCAGGUCCGUUUUCCUGCAGGACCAGCCCUGAGCAUGCUCACGGGCUGUGCACACCUCUGCGUGGGGUGUGGGUUCUGUCCGGCGUCUCCCAGAAUGCUUCGUAAGGAUGCUUCAUGGCUCCAGAGAAGAUUACAGGGCUGGCAUGCCACAGUCUCUGGGAAUUGCCGAAUUCCAGUAAAUUCUUUACAUGUGUGAAUGUUUUCAGACAUAUUCACCCCGAAGUCAUAGGCCACAAUUUCUCCUGGUUCUAGCACAAAAUGGUAACAUGGUCUGAAAAAACAAAACAGAACAAGCAAACAGAAGCCCUCGCAUUGCUCAAGUUAGACAUGUUUAAACCUUUUAUCUAUCAGAAUGUUUACUGUUGCUAAACAGUGGUAGAAUAGGCUAGUGUUUAUUCUCAUUUUCCUCCGACACCCACCACAACCGUAAGCUGGGAAACACGGCAGGAGAAAGGCAAGCUCACGUGUUCACACCUGAAAAAUCUUCAGGGACACAAGAAUGGCGGCUGAACAAGUGCCAGUGACAACUGUCACCAGGGGUCAGGCCAUUCAGGGUGCAGCAGGCCAGCAGGAAGGUGUACAUUUGCUUUUCUUUCCCUGGGAACUGUCCCCUGUAAUUAGCAACCCGCCAUAAAUGUCUAUUAGGCUGUGAGUUCUACAAAGGCAGGGUCUGUAAUGACCUGUGUAGUUCUGUGCCCUGCAUGCUACAGUCUCAGCUUACAAAAGGGGUUUAGGAGAUAUUUGUAUGAUGAAUCAUAAAGAAAUGGGAAUGUGUUGUGUACUUUAGGAUGUUAGAUAUUUUAGUCUUUUAAAUAAAUAGAAUACAUUUUUAAAAAGAAGGCAACUUUACUUAGACAAUGUGGAGAUAAUUUUCGUUCCAUUUCCACACUGUGGUUGAAGGACAGUGUACAGCUAAGGGCUGUGGUUCUGAAGAGCUUCCAAUCAGGGAAUGCCCAGCCAGAAUUAUGUAGGCUUUUGAUAGCAACUUUGAGGUGUUUUUACCCAAUAUCUGAGUUGUGAUGAAGUCAGAUUUUAACAACUCUCUUCAACUUCAUAGGAUGUUUAUACAUCUAAGUGUAUAAAGUGCUGUGUAAAUAUUGCUGUGAAUGUAAGCCCCCAAAAUAAAUAUUCUUGUGUACAAAAAUACAAGCAUGUGUUAGAGAAAGACUGAUUAUGAUCAGAAAUACUAAUAUGUUUAAUCCUGAAAAAUGUGUUAUUUUAAACUUUAUUUUGUUCUUAGCUUUAACUGCAUCUCUCUAUAAAAUACAAAAUGAUGACUUACAUUCAAUGUCUGUGUUUUUAAAGCAUAGUUUUGGAUUUGCAAAAUAAAAAAAUGUGUUCUGUA